AUGAAAUCAGUUUCCCUUUUACUAUUUCUCACGUUUUUGUUCACAUCAGCUUUGGCCAUACCGUUGAAGCAUCUUCCUUCAGAAGAGGAAGAUUUUGAUAGAAAGGCACCUCCAAUAUUACUCAGUCCCUUCGCAUUGAGGAAUGUUAGUCAUGCAAAUUUAUUUCUACCGCAUAAAAUCCCGUUUGACGAAUUAGAUCUAGAGUUAAAAAGAGGUGGUGGUGGUGGUCAUGCUAGCAGUGGUGGUCAUGCUAGCAGUGGUGGUCGUGCUAGUAGCGGCAGUGUCAGCAGUGGGAGCAGUGGUAUGAGUGGUAGCACUAAAGGUGGUUCAUCCAGUAGUUCAAACAGUAUCAACAGUGGAAGUUCAGGUAGUACCAAAGGUGGGAGUUCGGGUAGCUCCAGUGGCACUAAAGGUGGUUCAACGGGUAAUACAAACUCCAACUCAAAUUCUGGUUCUGGUAGUAAUUUAGCAGCAGGUGCGCUCGCCGGGGCAGCUGCCGGUUCGGUGGUAAACUCUCAUCAUCAUGGUACCACUUCGUCAGGACAUAAGAAUUCCACUUCUUCUGCCCAUAAAAAUAUGGGUUCUAGUACUAGAUCUUCCUCAGGACAUUCGUCUCUUCUUUUAGUCCCUAUUAUUUGUGGCUUAUUUAUGGCAUCCUAG